GCGUCUGAGUUGAGCCGUAGCGCGCGUGAGAGACGGACAGGCGCGUUUGCACGCUGGUGGCAGCAGACGUUUCGGAACGCUCCGUUGUGUUGCACCUCCAAUGUGGUACGGGACGCCCAGUUAGUUUGCACUGAGCAUUCAUCACGGCAGUUUCGUUUUCCGUUUCAUCCGGCGUCUCUCGAUUGAACCGUCUCCUUUUCCACCAGUGGGGCGGCUGUUUGCUAAUUUUUCUGUUGUUGUGCCGAAAGAGAGGUCCCUCUGUGUGGUUUUCGUGCUUCAGUGGACGACGGGAUUACUGAGUGUGUGCUGGAACAUCGCUCAGGUGGCAGAAAGAGAAAGGGUUCGCUUUGUCGUCGUGGGAGUUUCGUCGACUUCUUUUCCUGAGUUGUGAUUUGAUUCGUGGCUGGUAUCUCCGAUGUCCGUCACCGCCAGCGAAACCUCGAUGACUCUGAGCCAGAGUAUGGAUUCUGUGAACACCGUCGCUGAAGAAGAGGUAAGACACAAGUUACCAAACUUCUAUGAUGCAGUCAUGGAGCGAAUGGAGGUGCGGACACUUUUUGUGAGUGGCCUCCCAAUGGACGUGAAACCCAGGGAGCUGUAUCUUCUAUUUCGUGCCUACAAAGGAUAUGAGGGAUCACAACUGAAAAUGAACACGAAGACAGGAAAGGCAACCUCUCCCGUGGCAUUUGUGACGUUCUCUUCGAGGGCAGGCGCUGAAGCGGCAAAGCAAGAACUUCAGCAAGGCGUUCGCUUCGAUCCGGACCUGCCACAGACGAUUCGCCUGGAAUUCGCCAAGAGCAACACAAAGGUUAGCAAACCGAAACAACAGUCUCCUCCUGCCGCAGCCACGCACCCGACACUUCUGCACCCUAUUACGGGACGCAUACAGCUUUACCUUACUUCACAUGGAAACCAGAUCGGAGCCGCCCUGCUGCCUGGUGCCCAUGACGGUUGGCCACAUCAUCCGCUCUCCUACGCCGAAGUGCCCGUCACUACAGCGUUGCACACAGCCACUCUCAUGCACCCAGCCCUACAUGCUCAGUUGCCCCCUCCGCUGACGAUGCCUCACCCAUUGUCCCACGCGGCGCUGGCCGGAAGCGCGGCUGCUAUGCAUGCGACCAUUCCGCCGCCUCAUCUUGUGGCUAGCCCGGCAAUGGCAUCACCUGUUGGAUCGACGUCCUCAUCGGCUGUCACGCCUCCUUGCUCGACGCUCUUUGUGGCUAAUCUUGGACAGUUCGUCUCCGAACAGGAGCUGAAGGAGCUCUUCGGAAGUUUCCCGGGUUUUUGCCGCUUGCGUAUGCACAAUAAGGGCGGUGCUCCCGUAGCUUUUGUCGAAUAUCAAGACGUCCACCAUGCAACACAUGCUAUGAAAGCCCUCCAGGGCUUCCAACUGUUCUCCUCCGAUCGGGGCGGAGUCCGUAUUGAAUUCGCCAAAAACAGGAUGGGAGAGGUAUCCCGCGAAUAAUGACCCGGAAGGAUCACGGAAGAGGUCAAAGAUAUGUUACACCUGAGUGGCCACAUAUAGGCCUACAACAGACACUUUGCAUUGUUUCGCAAAAUGACGAUGAUCCUUUCCAAAGUUUGUAUUCUAUCAUUCCGUGUUCUAGAUGUCUAGCCCAAGCUAGGUCCCAUGAAGAAUACCAUGAGAAAAUUGAAUUGCAGUGUUAUUCUUCGUUAUGUCAUAGUGAUCCGCAACUAUAUGAUUUAUUCGAAUUUGAAAGAUUUGUUAAUAUGUUUAGUCCUGUGGGUUAGCGAACAUUUUACCAGCUUGAAAACCUACGUAAACAUUGCUUAAGCUGGCGGAUUUAGUGGCUCUAAGCUGUUGUGGUGGGAACCAAGAAGCAGUCUUGUGAAUUCCUUGCGACAUUUUACGCCAAGGCCAGCGUAAAAUGAUUGCUAAACCCACUUUUCGAACGUUGAUUCACUCCGAACAAGGAGGCCAAAUAAUUUAUCAGGCAGUUUCUUCUCCUGUUUAGGCAGAGAUCAACGCGAAGGAAAGCAGCAUUCAUUAUUAGUGGUAAUUACAUGCAACAUGUCAAUUUUAGUCCAACUGCAUGAGUAGCUGACAUGUUGAGUUAUAUGAAAGCUGUCUCGCGUAGUUCAUCCGGUGUACCUCGUUUUCUGAAUUUUAUUUUGAUGCCAAAGAAUUCUUUAUUUCUGAUAGGUACAUAUAUAUGUAUGCGUAUGCGCUGGUAUAAUAUAUAAUAUCUAUCCCCGUAGCUCUCUCAUAAACCAUUGUCGAUAGCAACAGCUAGUCAGCAUGUACAAAGAAUAAGUCACAACAUGGGGCGUUUACAUGAUGAUUUCACAUUUGAAGGACUUGCGCACUACCGUGAAAUUGGUUUGAUCUAUAGUUGUAUUUCAGAAGAUCCCAUUAGUGUAAAACCCAUAUCUGAUUUCUUUCUGUGUCUUUCCCUAUUUUGUUUUUGUAAAAGAGAUUUACCAACAUUCCAGAAAACCGCCCCGUUGAGCGUUGCGUUGUAGAACAUUCGUAUUUAUAAUUUUGUGUGCGUUUCUCUUGCUGCUGUUUUGCUAUCUGUAUACAUACAUGUAUAUGUAAAACAUGACGACUAUUAUUUAUAUUUGCAUAUCCCAUACAUAACAUUCCACUUCUAUUGUGCCUGAUGGUGGAGGCCAGCUUCCACCGUGAGUGCUUUCUUAAAAUGUCUUGUGUUAUCAAUGCAAGCUCCAAACUUGUGUGAAGGUUAUGCAAAUUGUUGAGUCAUUUUUUUUAAAUUCCUUCUUGCUAUCGGUAUCCUGGGGACGUUAUGGACGGUGAAGAUAUGUUAUUGGAAUUCUUUACAUAACGCAGCAUGAUUCGAUGUUCAUUUUAUUGUCUUUUACGUUUUUCUUUGCGUUCGUAUGGAGCAGAUAGUUGAACAGUCCAGGAAAAAGUUCCAGUUAGCUCCUGAUUCGAAGUGGAUCGUUCUCCCUAAUAGGCGAGUUCUCAGUACGUUGGUGCCCUGAGGAAAAUCUACAUCUCAUUUCAUUUCAUAAGAUAUAUUUGCUCUUCACAUUACAAAGAUUUAGUUUAUCCUGAAUAAACGUCUUUGGCAAAAAACAUAACUGCUUUCAACUACCUGCUCAAACCUUCUUUUAUUUCGGCCAUUUCAAAAUUUUUUGUUCAACUGUUAAGUAUACUGCUUGCGCGUAACGAAUGCUGCAUUUCCGAUUACUCAAAGAACUUGUAGCCCGUAAAUGAUUUCGCGUGGUAGCACAAACGCCAUUGCGGCACAGAGAGCAGACAGCAUCUAUAGAGUAUAUCAGCAUCCGCCUUGAUAAACGUUACCACUAACUCCUAGAUUUUGUCAGCCUUCGAUCAUGGAGGAAUAUAGUAACGUCCGCUUACUCUUCGUGUUGCCAUUUUAUGAAAGGCAGACAAUGCCGCCUGCAUUUAACCAUAUGUGGAAUCAGUUUUGCUCAAGGACCAAUGUUAUUGACGCGUUGAAUGUACUCCGUGUGAGCUCUUGCAAGUAGCCUCUGACUGAUUCCAAAAGGAAUAUUGUUUAGGACAUAUUUGGUAGCGACACCUAGUUCUAGUCUUUCGUAUUAUAGCUUGAAUCUCGUCUGGUUCUUCCCCGUUGUUCACUCUUAGUCUGUGUUUAGAUGUAGAUUCCCCUUCUUGAUAUAUCUCCUCGUAGGCUUCGAUUAUUCUCAAGCGAGACAAAAACGCAUGGCUUCUCGACAGGGGCAUGUACAAACUUUCGGAGAUGCAUAUUUUCAGAGCAAACUGUUUGUGAGCAGGUAGUCGAUCCUGCGGUUGAGACUUUCCCCUCUGUUUGGGACCCCUUCUCUGCUCCUCUACUGUCAGACACCUAUCCAUGCGCGCGUCAGUGAUGUAUGAUAGCAAUGCAUGAUCACCUCUUCCCGGCAUCACCGCCACCGUACGGCGUUACUUCAUCAGGAGGACCAGUUAUAUCACUUUUUUUGUUGAUAAUGGCUACUUUUCGUGAGGUUGUUCUAUGCAAUACACCUUCGCUGGUGAUCGUUUGCUACGCAAAUUACUUUCUAGCAUAUAGCUGUGUAACACGUUUUUUAUGUAAAUUUCUGUAACCCGCGUCACGUAACAACGUUUGCGAACCAUGAGCGAUAACGUGUGCGGAGAGCCGGUGUCAGAAGUUCUUGAAGUGAUUUUUUUAGGACUUGUACAGUUCGGUGAUCAUCCGGAAUGACCUGUAUAGCGCUAUGCAUCUUGCAUAGAACCUUUGCGGUUUCACAACUCGAUGUCUGCUUGCAGAGCCUAAUGCAUGCAAUAACCAUUGUGAACUCACUUCAACCGCUUUGCCUUCCCGUUAGAGAAUGACGUCAUUCAAUCGGACAGCAGCGCUAUAAUUAUAACAGUAAUCACAGAAGGACAGAAAGCAAAUCUUCAUGUUUCAUCAAAGUCUUGCAUCUGAACUGUUUAAUUAUUUCAAUGGUAUGGUGUAAUAACUGUGUAAUGAUAUUAUGCAAUAAGCAUUAUGUCACUUUCUCGGAAACAUGUUAUUGUGAGAUCGGUCAUGGCGAUCGAACGUAAGACACGGUGCCCUUCAAAUUUUCCCCUGUCUAGAUUGGUCAGUGCAGUCCUCAGCUAACAAUGCUGUUGCAGGGGUUUGCAGAGUCAAACCACCCCAUAAUUACUGAGCGGAUGCAGUUUUGUAAUCGUGCCUGAAAUAGGAUGAUAUUCGUUGCGACAGCGUUGCAGUGUAAAGUGCGUUGCAGUGUUUUGUGAUGUCAUGUGUGCAUUCAAAAUUAUGUGUGCUUUCUCUUUCGUUCUCCUUACCCGCACCAACUUGAUCCGACGACUCUACUCGCAAGACCAAACCUAAGAAUGGUUCAAAAUACUCAUGGCACCUCAAUCACGGAAGAAGGGAUGUCAUGUCAAUAUCGACGCUUCUGUCGUAUCACACAUCUUUGUGUAUAUUUGAUAUGCCUAUUGAGCUGCUUGGGUGCAGUAGGAAAAGUGACCCAGGAUAUAAUGACGCGUAUCCUUGUCUUAGGGUACCAAUUUAUCGCUUGCAUGUAGCCAUCAAACAAUGGAAGAUACAGCAGGUUUCGCGGGACCACCAUUUCCAAUCUAUGAAAGUUAGCCUUGCAGAGCCAACCACGCCAGCGCGAAAGACCGUGGCGUUUCUAUAGACAGAUUGCAUUACGGAUCCUGCAUGCAGUAUCAGCUUGACCCUACUUUGUAAGUGUUGUGCUUACCAAUGUAAACUGCCGUGCCAGUGGACCCCAUACAAAACCACGCUUGCUCCUUUCUAAAUUUGCUGCACUUUGAUGGUUAGGUGUCCGUGGCUGUUAAUUUGGAAUCGUUUUGGUUGUAUGCAACGACUCGUUCUCAGUUUACGUUACACAUAUGUCCCAGUGACACGCACAUGUAGAUAAGAGCCCCUUCUAUUUAUCAUACGAACCACGAAAGAUAACGCAAUAGGCAUUGGCCUCAACAUUUUUACGCCAACUCAAUGACUGUGUGCUUCGAACCAUGCAUUUUCGUUUCACUUGUUCAAUCGUCACACCGUGCCCUGAUGAAGUAUAUUGAAAUUUAUGCGAGUUUUGUAAAAUCAAAAGAUUUCCUGUGAUAGAAAUGCUUUUGUCGUGCACAUCACACUAAUCAUGGAUGUGAUAAUGAUUAAACCAAUCUACUGGACAGCAAUAAAACUAGCUGCGAUACAUGCAGGUAUAAAGAUGAGAAAAAGAACUGUGGCGCAAUGUAAACUGACAAUCCAGCACAACCAGCAAAACGAUAACGUGUACAAAAAAACAACAAAUGGAACCGGAACGGAAAUUUCGUGUGUGCGCGGGUGCGGCAUAAAAACAGAACCCCGUCGCAUAACGCGUUCAGAACCAACCGCAUUUCACAAUGUGCCAUCGUUCUGUUUCUUCAUUUGUCCAAAAUGGGGGAGUACACCUUUCUGGGGCAAUUAAAAUGUAUCCAAAUACGUUAAUUGCCACAAAAAGUCAUACGCCUCGCUCUCUCCUCAAAUCAGAAGGGCUAACUGUAUACGGUUUGCACAGAGUAUGUUAUGCGGUGAUGUCCUGUUCUGUUUAGACCGUGAACUAUGAAGGAACAGUUUGGUACAGUGCCCGGGUGACCUCUCGAACCGUUUAUGAGUUUCUUGACAGGAAAAAUUACAGAAACAGAAUUUCAAGUUGCAGAUUGCGAAGUCCACAUCUUCCGAAGUAAGCUCUUCGAAGUCGUCUGUUUGUGCAGAUCAAUAAUGAAGGAACAGAAGUAGGAAUCACCCAACAUUUUAACAACAAUAAAAAUUUUGUGUUUUACCUUUAUGUUCUAUAUAUCUUUAUUCAUUAAUUAUUUCUCCAAAAUGAACUAGCUAAUGAAUUGGUGCUAUUAAAACUCAUAAAUCGGGUCAUUCAAGAACAAAAACUGUAUCGACAAUUGUGUCGACAUAACAUAAGAUAAUAACAGUAAAUAUUCUUUUCAGACAGCUCAAAUGGUUUUCUGUUUAGAGUAGGUCGUGAGGGGUGGCAAAAAGGGCUCAGUAAUAGCAAUGGUACAAGUUAUGUAUGCAGUCAUCAUUUAUGGUAAUGUAUUUAAAUGUCAAAACUAUAUCAAAAUUGCUAGCAACGUGUUUCGAUGUUGAGUGUGAUGCAAGUAUGGUGCCCUUAUCAAUAUGUAGAGAAUUAAGCACCACAACUCCAGAAUACCACAUAUCAUUGCAGACAUACAUGACUAGAGUGUUCUAGAAGACACAGCAGAGCCAAUCAGAGGUGUACAGAGGACAAAAUUUUCUUUGACAGAGGGCCGUUGCACUGCAGGUUGCUGUAAACCACUGAAGUGUUGGCAGACUGAGGUAGUCUCGUGAGUGUGAAACAGACGACAAUAAAGACAUAAGUUGCUGUCUGCAGGGAGCGACUGCAGAAAGUCGAGGCUGACUAUGCCUUUUUCGCUUUCCCAUGAAACAGCCUCGUUUGUAGAAUGAAAUAUGACCAUUGCCGCUAUAAGCAACAUAGUAAGAGUUUCCAGCACUAAGAGGGUUAGUUUAUUUUUCUCAAUUAGUGCAUUGUCUCAACAAGCUUUUUGCUAUGCUCUUCAUAGCAGCUCCCAAGGAACAAAUGCAAAACAUAUUUCCCGUCGGCGUGAUCCAAACACUGAUACUGUCUUUUUCGCCGUUUUGCUUGUGGCUAAACAUAGUAUGUGGAAAUCUUUUUGUGGAAGCAACACCAGCACUUGUUAAGACGAAACACUUAGGUUCAUUUUUUAUAUGCUGCAUGGUGAGGUUUCGAUGACCAUUUUACUCUUGACGACAUGACUAGUUUUCCCUUGUCCUGUCUGAUGGCUGUCAUGGUGAAGUCUUGCUCCCUAACAAGCAUAUUCAUAUGUACUAAGGUAUAUCUAUAUAUAUAUAUAUAUAUAUAUACUAUACAUAUUUUGUUUUUCUGAAGUCUUUCUCAUACCAUCUAGAAAAAAGUGUAGGCUGUUUCAGUUGCCUGUUCACGUAGUUCAUUUUGGUAUAGCCAUAUUUAUUGAGAAGCUUUAAAAAUAUUUCGUGUAUGGAACAUACUUUCGUGUGUAGAUCUUGAGGCGUACCGAAUGUUAUGGCGAACCGUCGGCGCGAAAAUCGUGAUUCCAUUUGUGCAGAAGAUACUCAAUACCCCUUCAUUGUGCGAACGAAACCACUGUUCGAAAUCGAAAGUAUAAACGCGUUUCAUACACAAGGAGAAACAUGUCACAUUGUUUGAACCAUUUUCGUGCCUGUCGUUCAAAAAUGGCGUUUCGUGUUGGGACAAAAUUAAAAGGGGUGCGAAUACAUAACUGUGACGAGAGGAUAGAGAGGUAGGAAGCGAGCUGGUGGUAUAGAUCCAUAACUUAAAAACCCGAGACUGGGGGACAAAAAACGACAACGCAGACAAGACCUUGUCUGUGUUGUCAUUUUUUGUCCCCCAGUCUCGGGGUUUUUAAGUUAUGGACAUAACUGUGGUUUGCUAGGGAAAAUUUGAAGACGUUUCCUAGUAUAGGAAAGUAAUUUACUUACUGAGAAUUAUCACCAGAACCUUUUGAAGAGACAAAAAAAUGUGGCAGCGUUUUGGGUGACUCUGAAGUGUAACAAUAAUUUGAGAUUUAUGUCUUACAGACAUGUCAACAUGGUGGUGAACUACCCGAGUGUCAUACUACUAGUGAAUAUACCGUAUUAGAGUACUUUCGAAUGUUCGCCCCGAUAAAAUUGUUUCUUCCCAUGAUUUCUGUUUUCCGCUUUUGAAUUGAAAAAAACAAAAAACAAAAAAAAACAUUGUAGGUAUGUAUCAAUUUUGUAAGAUCUUAGUGUGUGUUGUUUUGUGCGAACGCGUAUACCAAGAGUGUUGACGCCUUAUAAGUGCUUAUUACAGUGAUGACGUCAGUCUUUUGCUGAAUAAUUUCUACACACCAACAACAAUGAUUCCGUCCAUAAUGGCCUCCCGUAUUCCGGGAUGUGCCGCUCUGGUUGCCUAGAGUGAACUCUCUCUCUCCUUUCCUUCUCUCUCUCUCCUUUGAUCCCUUUCUCGUCUCUUCAGCGUCUUCAGCGGCUUGCUUCAGUGUUAUGCUGCUGAAGCUGGGAGGCUCUAGGCCAGAUACAGCUGCAUAUUCCUUGUGAGUGUGUUUGUAAAGUAUUGCAGUUUGUUGUAUCUGAGGGAGAAAAGAGUUCACCUUACUGUCGAUGCAGUAGUUUUUCUAUGUAGAGUCAUUGUUAACAAUACUUGCUGUCUUGUGGUCGUGAAUGGUGGUUUCUAAAAUCAAGAGCGGUUAGUUUUGAUGCAGUGCAUGGAGAACACGUCGUUUUAGUGCUCUAAUUUGGCCUAGUUUUUGCGCGUGUAAACAUGUAAGGUUGCUGUGUAGCUGGCAUAGUGUUUGCUGUGAAUUGUGCUUUGGGUGACUGCCAAAAUGUCUUUACUUGGCGAUUGUCAAUAUGAUCUCUUCGAAGUUUACGACACUAUGUCAGUCAAUUAAACGAUGCAACCAUCGCCAACUUGUGAAUCUGUUCCUCAUUUGCAAACUGCAGAUGCCCAAUCACUACUGAUUCAUGACUAGGCGAGCAAUAAAACUGCGCAGUCAAAAAGUUAAGUUUGUUUUUGGUUUUAGUCAGCAUCAAUAACAAUACCUGCAAGUCAAUAUUUCCGAACUAUAGUGGUGAUUGGACACGUACGGUUAUACUUCCACUAACUACUAACACUGUCUAGUCCGGCUCUCAUUAGUGAUUGGAAUAAAAGUAUGCUGACUCUGUCUGACCACUUGAGCGCCAUUGAGAGCAUAUAAUUUCUAUUGGAAGGAGCAUCUGGAACUUCACCGCUACACACUAUUUCAACAGAUGUUUUCAUCACAGUGACGUGUAUAUGCAAAUGCAGUAGACUCCGGUCUUUUUGUAUCUUAUGUGAUGUGAUGCAGGUCAAGAAAAAAAUAUGCUCUUGCUUGAAACCGUGACUCAGCAGUGGUUGCCGACACUGAUGUUGUUCGAACUUUCGUAGAGGAUCCAAGUACAAGGUGGCGUACGAUAAUAGUGUGUCAAGAGAGUUGAACGUACUGACAUGAUGUAUAGCGAGAAACUUUAGGUGCUUCUGAAUAAAAUAUACUAAAGCAUC